AUGACUGACUGGAGGAAGCAAUCCAACACACACAAAGUCAGAUCCCAACACCAACUCAAACAACAUCACAUUCUUCUCCUCGUAGCUCGCCAAUAUUACUAUUACUAUUAUUGUUGUUUUCCGUCGUCUCGGAAUAUCUAUGCACUAGGGCUGGCCGGAAGUGCAAGCCGAUCUCCGGCCAUAGGGUUAACAUCAAGGUAUUGCUGCUUAGUCUUAGUUAUGCAGGGAAUGUCAGCAUCGACCACGAAUGCGAAUUACUCCCCAGUACAACAUGUCGUCUCCCCUCCGAUUAUUGUUGUUCUGACCGUCCUCCUCCUUGUCUUCUUCUUUGUGGGUUUCUUUUCUAUUUACUUUUGCAAGUGCUUCUUGGAUCACAUCCUUACCUCCCUUCAGCACACGCCCUCCGGAGACCUUGUGGCCACGGCGGUUGUCCCCAAAGAAGGCCUUGACGUCUCACUCAUACAAUCAUUUCCAACGUUCGAGUACGCAAGUGUCAAAGAUUUCCGGAUCGAGAAGUACGGCCUAGAAUGCGCAAUUUGCUUGGUGGAGUUUGAGGACGACAGCAUGCUACGCCUCUUGACCGCGUGUUGCCAUGUUUUCCACAAAGAUUGCAUCGACCUUUGGCUCGAGUCUCAUAAAACUUGUCCGUUUUGCCGUGGAAAUCUCGAAGUAGUAGCCCCGAGUUUAGCGGACAAGUCUCCGGUGCUUGCUCAUGAGAACGACGCCAUGCAAGACAUUCAUGUUGGGCAUGAAUCAGUGUUGUUGGAUCUGGAUGCUGUCCGCAUUGACAUUAAAGAUGAACAAAGCCAAGAUCAUUGUCAUCAAGGAAGUAAUGACAGUAGUAAUAACAUUAUGGUUUCACAAGGUGAGCAAAAUAGCAGUAGCACUACUCAAGAUCGAGAUCUAGAUCAAGAUCACGAUCAGAAUCAUGAUCGAAAUGAAGAGAAUGAAACCGAAAGAUUUUCACGGUCGCAUUCAACGGGGCACUCCAUAGUUAGGCCUAGAGCACAAGAGGAUAGAUAUACGCUGAGAUUGCCAGAGCAUGUGAAGAUUAAACUUAUAAGAGGACAUCAUAACUGGACAGGAAGCUGUACUACAUUUGGGGAGUUCUCUCAUCAAAGAGACAAUGCAGGUGCUUCCCGCUUUGGAGAGGCCUCCGGCUCCGCCGGUGGAGAAGAUAUUAACAAAUUAGCUUCUGUGUUUUAACUAUUUUUGUUUAUUUUCUUCAAACUUUUCCAUUUUGAUUAGUUUUGUUCUUGUAUUUCCCAAAUAUAUACAUUAGGGUGGGUAGCUAGCCAUUUAGAUGCUACCGCAAAUGCA